AUUCGUUCGGUGGGCACCAACGCGAAAGCUCAAACGACGCGCUGCGCAGUUUCCCCAGCUCAAAAGUCCAAGUCGCACGGUUUUCCCCAGCGUUCUCAAUGAAGAGCAAUAACAAAUUAUUCAUUUUUAACAAAUAACGAACUAGCACGGUCCCCCAAAUUCCACGGACUACAUCCAAUUCAUCCAGUGAAGCGAAUUAAACCAAAUAAAAACCGCGAGGCGAGACAAGGUGAAUUUCCAGUUAAAUGUAGCAUUUAAACAUUUUGGGCGCGUAUUUUGAAAAUCAAUUUAUUAAGGCGAGCCGCCGGCCGCAGAGAUGGCCGCCGAAAACUAUCACCUCAAGUGGGACUCACACCUCACCUAUCUGAACUCUUCCAUAGCCACACUUUAUAAGAAUGAAAAGUUCGCCGAUGUCGUACUGUACAGCUCAUACAAUAGCAGCGGAAUCCCCUCGGAUAUACCCACGGUGGGCAUCUCGGCCCACAAGUUCAUCCUGAGUGCUUCGUCCCAGUUCUUCGCCACCAUGUUCGAAACGGCACCGAUCACAAAUCCCAAUGGAGUGCUCUAUGUGGUGUUGCCGCCGGAUCUUAGUCACCGAGCCAUCCAGAUCCUGGUUCAGUACAUGUACAGCGGCGAGGCUACCGUCUCUAACGACAUACUCAACGAGGUACUGCGCGGCGGUGAGAUCCUCAAGAUCCGCGGCCUGUGCCGCACCAGCUCUUCCAAUGGCGGUGGCUCCGGCUCAGUGGUCACGACCACGCACCACCCCCAUUCACUGGCCGGGCAUCUGCAUCCGCGCGAGGCCAGCACCAUGUACAUGUCGAAUGGCACUCGAACCGCAUUGCCGCCUCCUCCGCCGCCACAAUCAACCAUGUCGGCACAACUUCAGGGAGAUCUAUACACAGGCAAGCCGGGAGGAUCGACUCGAUUCGCUUUGGAUCACCACCACCUGUCGUCACACCACAGCCACCUGAAUCACCAUAAUCCUCAACAGCAGUUUCGCGGACUUGGUGCCUCCGUGAUGCCCAAAGACUCGCCCGUGAUCAUUAAGUCACCCAAAUUGGCCGCUCAUACGGGACUCCUAACCGUCGCGAGCAGCAGCAAGCUGGGCAUUUCCGUCAACAAGGAGGUGGCCAUCGAUCCGGAGGACAAAUGCUGUUUCGCAGCACCCAGCCAGGUGGAGUCACAGUCUCAUCCGCCACCACCAACCUCCACGACAACGACAGCAGGAGGAGCAGUGGGAGGUUCAGGUGCCCCGCCAUCGCAGCCCAUCUCCAUUUGCACGGAAGUGGGCUGCAGCAGUUGUCCCCUGGCCGCCGGUCCGGGUGCUGACCAAGCAGAGACCACGCUCCGACGGACAGAGUACGAGGAGCAGGCACUUCGUGAGCGAAACGAGGUAGGGCUGGUCUUCGAGAGACGUCUGAGGAGGGAGAGCGCAUGCGAAAGAUCUCGAGACUACUAUGAAGCACCUCAUUUUGAGCACGUGGUGCCGUCACGCCUGGCAGCCACACCUCCUCCACCACCACAGCCGACACCACAAUCACAUCCGCCGACACUUCGACAUCCGCACAACUUCCUAACCAUCAAACAGGAGCCGACCGACUGGAGCAACAACCCACCAAAUGCCUCCAGUGCGUCCAACAACAACAAUCUGGAGGAGGUGCCAUUGGGCUCGCCCAAGCAGCCGCUCGACUUUAAAAUGUCUGCCGUGAAGCUGGAGGUGAAUAGGGAUCGCGGAACACCCUCCGAGGAGGGUGAGGAGCACACGCUGCGCGACUAUAACAACUUUAAGCAGCUGCUGGUCUGCGAGAUCUGUCAGAAGUCCUUCGAGGAUACCAAAAUGCUGGUCCGUCACCUAGGCACACAUGCCGGAGAUCCCACGGGCGGCACAGAGAGGAACCUUCUGCCAUCCAGUGCCAGCGGAAGUACCACAUCCGUUUCUAGCAACCACGCCCUGCGAUCUGUUAAAACCUAUGUGCCAAAGAAACGACGCCGAGUUUCGCAACAGGAAAACAAUAUGGAUCACGAUCACGUAACCCUGCUCUGCGAUUUGUGUUCCACAUCCUUCGAUACGCCAGCGGAGUGGGUGCGUCACAUGAACAGCCAGCACACGGAGAUCGAGUUGGCCAUGUUUAACAGCAAGAAGGAUGGCGAGCAGAAGGGCCAUCAGCCACCGCCGGCGACCAGCAGCUCUUCCACAGUGUCCAACAGCCAAAUGCAGCCAAAGUAUCUCAGUUCCACCGCCACCAGAUCGACGCACUCCCUCAUGUUACACAAGAUGAGCAACAACGAUGCAGUGGUAUCUGCAGCAGCCACACCCACAUCUCCUGGAGCAUCCACCUCACCGAAUGGCUAAGGGCAGGCAUCGGGAUCAACUUGAAAACACCAUCGAUUCGUUCUGGACACUUGGCAAGUGGAACUGAAGCAUUCGGGGUGCCCAGGGAUAAAUUUGAAAAGCAGCCAUAUUCUUUUUCUUUUUCAAAAAAAUCAAGUCGUUCCAAUAAUCAAAAGAGAGAGGGAUGUGUUUAUAUGCAACAGCAAGAACCGUGAUCAAAAUGCAACCAGUUUGCAUAUUUUAUAGAGCAACAAACAAAAUACAAAAUUGCGAAAAAAAAUUAACGAAACUAUAAACGAAACUUAGAAACGGAAUCGUCAGGCAACGAUGCAAAACAAAACAAAGCAAGAAAUUCAGAAACGAAAGAAAAGCAACAUUUAAUUCCAGUGUGUAGAAUUUUUUUAAGUGUUCGUAUCUACUUAGUUUUAGCUACUUACCCCAUGUAAUUACAGUAACAACAACGCGCAACUGAUUCGGGAAAAACGUACAGUUUAAUCAUUAAAAGUGUACGAAUAAUUUUAAUGUUUUCCAUUUGCGGACAUUUUUAAAAGGAAAUAAAAAUCAAUCCACUUGAGUUUUCAAAAGGAUGCACCAAAAGAAAUCCCAUUUGUAGGACCAAAAGCAGCGGAUAGAUAUUUUUACUUUUGAUAAACAAUUAAUUGGAGCAACAAAUGCAGUAAUCAUUUUUUAUUACGUUCCAAUUAGUUUUUUUUUUUAAUGCAAUUACUAAUAACUACUAUUUAUCGCGACUUAAUGAUGUCAGCAACUCUGUUGUAUAUGUACUAAUACAUUUUUAUAGUUUUUUGUAAGGCAUGAACAGAAAUUUCGAGAACUUUUUUGUACAUAGAUUAAGUUUUAUUUUGAAAGUCCGCCGAUUGUAACUUUUUGCGAAAAGUUCAUAAACUUAAAACUCUAAAUGUAUGUAGUAGUUCGAAGUUCAAUUAAAAAACUCCCCCCAACAACCAUGUAAAAAUAUAAUAUAAUAUCUA